CAGGCCCAAGCCUUCCUCAGGCCGUGACGUAGGCCUGGGCUGGGCCCGGCCUAUUUGGGCCCGGCUUGGGCCGGCCCAGGGCCUCAAGCCGGGCCGUGCACAUCACUAGUUGAAGGUACCAUCCCCAAACCUGCGCAAGGCCCAGACCCCGUUUCGGCACAGAGGGAAGCUGACAUAGCUAAAUGGGAGAUGCAAGACCGUAAGGCCCAGACUGUGAUUGAGCUGUCAAUAAGCGAUAGCCAAAUGAUUCACUUAGCUGGAGCCUCAAUGGCGAAAGAGAUGUGGGAUCAACUGAGAAUCAUGAAAGAAUCACGAGGAAAACAGGCGAUAACCACAUGGCGGCAAAAGUUCUAUAGAACCACCGCCAACGAAGGUGAUGAGUAUAUGAUGGGAAGUCUGGUGACGGAAGACGACUUCUGCACUGUACUUAUCUCAUCGUUACCGGAAUCCUGGGAUACUUGUUGUCAAAGGAAGGAAUCUAGGAAAGAGGAAGCGAGAAGACGUGAAGAAAUGCUGCAUUUGUAAGAAGGCGGGCCACGUUGAAGUAAAGAGAGUUGCUGGAGUAAAGGCGGAGGAAAGGCGGGUCAAGGCCUGUCCAAACCCCCUCCAAAGAAGCGCGGAAAAUUCGACAACGCGCACAUCGUAACAGAUGUAGAUGUCGUUGCGGAUAACACGCAAUAUGAGGAGGAAAAUGAUGUAGCCUUCAUCGGCGAAGAGAUGCAGGUCGAACCAACAGAGAUCGAGAACCAGACAGAAGUCGAGUUCAAAGACCUGAAUAUGGAUGACCAAGUCAAUGUAUCUAAUAAUAGUGAUGAAUUUGAGAAGCUUAGCUAUUAUGAUUGGCUGGCGGACUCAGGAACAACAUCA